CAUAAAAUAUCUACAGAUUUCUGACACAGUUCUGUAACGUUUGUAUUCUAAAAAAUAUCAUAUGAUAUAAGCAGUUUUAUAUAGCCUAAAUAAUAUUUUUAUCAUGUUUUAAAUUGCUAACUUAGAAAUUUCCUUCAAAAUUUUGUUUUAGAAAUUUGAAAGUCAUUACUGAUAACGUGUUUUUGCCAACACCUCCAACAUCACCCGAGGACAAUCAUCAAUAAUAAUCCCUAAAUGGUACCCUUAGGGAUGGCAAUUUUCUAUAUUUGGCAUGUAGAAAAGAGAAUUUAACAAUUUUCACGAUAACAUUGUUAAACGAAGCGGACAGUUUGAUCCAACGCGUUUAUGGAAAUAUACAGCAGGACAAUUAGCGUUAAAAAUAGCCUAACUUCAGGUUAAUUCGUGAUAUCUAGCGGAUAAAUUUAAGCUUAUAUCAUUUUUUUAUUGUUGUUGAUAAAGAUGUUUCUUUGUUAAGUAGCGAAAGAGUGUUUUCAUUAAACACGACAAGAAGUAAAGAGAGCACGACUGAAGAGCGUGAGCGGCAUCCAAAUAACUUAUUAGCAUCGCAUCAUCCCUCUGAUUAAAUCGAGUACAUAAAACCGAGAAUUCUUGAAUCGGCGAUGUUCGUUGCAUCAUUAGUGACGAAUUUGUUAGACUUUUACUAUGUGAUAACGAGAUCCGGCCCUCUGUAUACAUUGCUUAAAAUUCUUGGAGAAUCUGAGGAAAAAAAGGCAAAAUUUUAAAGAUUUCUUGGUGGAUCUCUUAUAAUAAAUUACGAAAUAAAACGUUCUUUUUUGGAUACCUAAAAGAGCAUUGUUAAUUCGUCGUCGGCAUGGCGAGUGAUAAAUUAUGUCAGCAGUCCAGGUGUUGGGCAUACGAACUUUUCUUUAUCGUUUUAAACGAGUCGAACCAUCCCCAGCUGAGCAGUAGAGCUAAAAAGCGGCAGAGCCACGAUCUAAUUCGGUUGUGGCGUUCAAUUCUCCUCCCACCGGCUUUGCUUUAAAGCGUGACGAUAUCAGAAGGGGAGGUGAUGUUGCAGCCUUCCUCCUACACCUGUUUCCGAGCUCAACAUUAUGUCAGUCGGUUGCGAUCCGUGUUCUUAUUGGCUAACGGCACAGAAACAUAACAAGGCGAAGCGAGAAGCUGAUUGGACGUCGAGUUAGCAGGCAGGUUGACUACACCUGCCUAGGACGGGACUAGAGUUGAAAACUGAAGCGUGGCGAGCGAGCGAGUCAGUCACUAGUCAAGCUAGCGAGUGUUGUGGAUGUGUUGAUAAGUGUGAAAAAUGCCUCGCGCUUUUCUUAUCAAGAAGCAUUCGUCUACUCGUAUUCCACCUAAAGUUGGUGCUGAGAAUAAUGUGGAUGGUGUUCAGGAUUCGCAUUCUGAAAUACGAGGACCGUAUGACCUAAGCGUCAAGGCCAAACGAUUGGAAAGUGACUUGAACGUUUUGGGUAUGAAGACGGACAUCAGCCUACAGGCCAAGAUGGAAGCACCGCCACCUGCUGUGGCUCUGGUACUCCCGAAACCUUCUCCACCCUCACCUGUCAAACCCGGGGCACCUCUCGAACCUCUAAAUCCCAAUACCCCAGCUGGAGCACGUACCAGCGCUUGGCAUAGACCGGUCGUGCCACCUUAUCUGCCGUUUAAUUUCCCACUUUAUUCAUUUUCUCGCCAGGAUAUGUAUGGAACUUAUUUCGCUCCAACUAGUCUAGUUCCACCACCGUUGGUGCCCGUGUCUCCGGCCCGGGCUUCUCCUAUGUCACCACGAGACGGUGGAUCACCCACCUCGAUCUACACGGGGAAACAUUCUCCACCUAUGCAGCCUAGCUUCGAAUCGGGAACUCAGGACAUUUAUCAUCAUCCAGCAUGGAUAGCGGAUCCGAAGGAUCCAAAUUUAUCUCCUGCACCCAGCACAGACAGCGAAUCUGGGAAAGAAGGUGGCAUCAGAAAACGCAAAACCGAGGCACCGAGAUUUCAGUGUGCGGACUGUAACAAAAGCUAUUCUACCAACAGUGGACUAUCUAAACAUCGUCAGUUCCAUUGUGUUACCCAGAACAAGAAAUCCUUUAGUUGCAAAUACUGCGAGAAAGUUUACGUGUCACUGGGAGCACUCAAAAUGCAUAUUAGGACCCACACACUACCCUGUAAAUGUAAAUUGUGUGGAAAAGCCUUUUCCAGGCCCUGGUUACUUCAAGGACAUAUCAGGACUCAUACGGGCGAGAAACCAUUCUCUUGUCCUCAUUGCAGUAGGGCAUUUGCCGAUCGCUCCAAUCUUCGAGCGCAUCUUCAGACACAUUCUGAUGUCAAAAAAUACAGUUGUAAAGCGUGCAGUAAAACCUUUUCUCGCAUGUCAUUGUUGCUGAAGCAUAGCGAUGGUUGUGUUCAACAGCGGUAGAGCUUUGUGAAUGACAAAAAAAAAAACAUAUCUGAAAUUUCAAACUAGUCUCAUCAAACGCGUGCCAAAUUUAUCACAAGUAGAAUAAAAUAGAAAGAAAUUUUAUAUAUAUAUCUAUAUAUAUAUAGAAUGAUGACAUAGCCCUGCAGGUUGGGGCAUAAAAUGAAACUAUAAUUUGGAAAAUUAUAUUAUUUGUCUGUUAAGUGGUGGACCAGAGAUCAUUCUGUACAGACUCGAGGUGUCUUUUAGACGCAGUGGGGUAACUUUGCACUGUACAAGUUUUUACAACUAAACGUGUUACAAAAGAAGGGAGCGGUCCCUUAUUCAGAGCCGAAUGUCACGACGACCUAUGGGUCCGAUGAUUAAAAUAAAAAAGUUUUCAUCCUUUAAAUUUUGAUAAUUUAAACUCGUUAAGAUAAUAAUAGUUAAAUUUAAAAAGAAAAAAAAUAUUCAAAAAGCGGUGCCUUUUUAUUAUCCUCGUAAUUCUAUAACCUUUACCAAAGUUAUUGUGCCAAUUUCCCGUUAUCAGUAUUAAUUAUAAAACAACAAAAUAUAUAAGUUUAAGUUGAAAAAAAGUUUGUCAUCCGCAUUACACUACCUCUUCUAAAUAUACAAAAAGAAAUAAAGAAAAAAGCGUCUUGUUCAAUGUUGUUGUUUGCAAGUGACGCUGUGAUUUAAUGAUAAUGUUUACUCUUUUAUCCGCUUUAGUACGUUUGUUAGCAGUUUUUGAUUUUUAGAACCAGUUGUUAGUGACGUCACAGUGUUUGUAAAGUUACUUGUCUUCUCACCAGAUGUCUGCUAUUAUCGUAUGUAAAAUGUUUAUCACGUACAGCAUGUAAAUACAAUCAAAUCUCAAUUCGAUUGCACGUUGUGUUCUGUUUAUUUGAUCACAAAAUUAUUGAGAUACGAUAACAAAAUAUAUAUAUAUGUACAUCAUAAUAUUUGAAGAAAAAAAAAAUUAUAUUUUGUCUUUAAUUUAUUAGAAAACGGCUCUCUGUAUCAUUAGAUUUGUUAAGUAGCUUCUCCAAAUAAAAAAAAUGAACGAUUUUUUUAUUUUAA